AUGGACCGUGAAAUUAUCAACAGUGUUGUGUGUCACAUUAAUUCACAUGCGAGCAAAACAGUCUCGCAGGAUGAACACAUCCUGCUUCUCGUAGAUGGGCAUAGCUCCCGUGAGGGAGUGGAGUGGACGGAAACGUGCAGAAGACUCAAUAUUGUGGCAGUUAAGCUCCCGGCAAACAGGACCCAUAUGCUACAACCAUGCGAUCAAAAGACUAACAAAGUUUUCCAACAAGAAAUACGUAGGACAAGGGAUUUAUUGCUGAACAUGAGCCAUUUCUCAUGGGCAAAAACGGCUGUGAAAAUUAAGCUGGCAGUCGCUGGUCACAAAGCUCUAACCUCAGAUAUCGCCAGAGCCUCGUUUCGGGAAGCUGGGCUCUGGCACAUGGAUUUUCGCUUCAUGUCAUUUUUGGAUGACAACAGCACUCGAAAAUUGAACAGAAACCAAGGGGAAUCUCCUGGGAUGGGGUUGGCAAUGCUUCAUGACGCAGACGGCAGCGCUAUCUCGCCACGAAUUUCAGCAAUUCGUUUGAUGAAAAAUAUUGAUGCUCUUACAGACGGUCAGUUCUCUGCUCCUCAUGCUUUAGCCGAGGUUUCUGUCGCUCUCAAUAGGGAGUAUGUCUUGCGUAACAUUCUAACAAAGAAUAUAUGCCUGCCAAAAAACCGCACACCCACGAAAUCUAGGAGACAAUUCUUCGCAACAGGAAACUCAGCGGCCCUCUUGACAGUUGGCAUUUUGAAGUCCGUUCGUGCUCGCUUGGAUGGGCGGACUAUUCUAAAAUCGCCCGUGGCCGACGUUUGUCACAUUCAGGAGGAUAAUGUAGAGAAUGAUACUUCAAACAAAGAAAACAUUGACCCUCAGAAACAUCUGAAAGCGCAGUUAGCCGUGUCGCCUUUCGACGACAUAGUUAGCGACGACUUGCCAAUCUCGCGAUGGCCAAGAGCCCGAAAACAGCGGAUGCAUGUUGAGGAAGGCGAGUUGUUGAGGAUUCGAAAGCACACGGCAGCGUCGGCUUUGUUGGGACUAUCCCAUUACAGAUGA